AUGCAGGAAGAAUCCCGAUUCCUUUCUAGCAUUCACGUCUACCAGAGAGACAACACGUUACUUCCGACCCAGCUCCCAUCUCAAGCGGUCCAGCAGCACCCGUGGAGAACCGAUGUAAACCAUCUCGGCCCGCCCCAGUCUGUUCUGUCUCACGGUCUGUUCAGAGUGCUCCAAAGCAAUGGAGAUGCCGCUUGUCUCAACGUACACUACACGGACCUUUGUGACCCUCCUGACCUGUACGCUGCGCUCCGUGAGGAGCAGAUCCUUCCACCCUGUGAAGAUAUGAACCCCGAGGACCCCGGCAUGAUUCCCUGUGAGCAAGAGUUGAGAUUUGAAGGCGAUCUUUACACCCCGAGAUGGAUUCGAGGUCGUGGUAACAAGCGGGAGGGUUGGUGUGGAAUCUGCAAGCCUGGGCGAUGGCUUGUGCUAAAGAACUCGGCGUUCUGGUAUGACAAGUCGUUCUCUCAUGGUAUCAGCGCCGCCACCGGAAACCCAUUCCAUGAACCUCAACAGAAGAGGCUUAUGGAUGGAAAGGACUUUGGGGUGUCUGUGGACAGUGGAUUGCACUUAUUAGCAGCAAGAAGGAGGGAACUACCUGGUUUAGACACGCUUAUAAGUGUCACACGCACCUUAAGGUGA